AUGCCUAAGUCAACUGUGAAAGAAAAAAGCCGCACUGGCAGUGAACGUUACAUACGGUUCAAGUGUUCACUUCAAAACACUAUUCUAGAUGUACUACGACAACGACCAGGCUGGCAGGAGGUGACAGGUGACUCGGACUGGGAUUUCUACUGGUGUGAUGUUUGGUGGAUGAAGGAGACGUUUGACCGGGCCUAUUUCGAUGACCACGUCCGCAUCAACCAUUUCCGCAACCACUAUGAGUUGACUCGAAAGAAUUUGAUAGUGAAGAACUUGAAACGACUGCGUAGACAGAUAGAACGAGAGUCGGGCAAAGUGGAGGCACAGAAGUGUGAUUUCUUCCCAAGUACGUACGAACUGCCUUCUGAAUAUCACAUUUUUGUUGAUGAAUUUCGACGCAGUCCCGGAUCUAUCUGGAUUAUGAAGCCCAUUGCCAAGUCGCAAGGAAAAGGAAUCUUCCUCUUUAAGCGUCUGAAGGAUAUCACGGACUGGAAGAAGGGCACUGAGUACCAACGACUUGCUGAGAGAGAUGGUGGGCCCGAGACCUAUGUGGUACAGCGGUACAUUGAAAAGCCUUAUUUGAUUGGCGGUCGCAAGUUUGACAUUCGUAUCUACAUCCUGGUUACCUCGUAUAACCCUUUGAAGGUUUGGCUCUAUCGAAGUGGAUUCGCCCGGUUCUCCAACACGAGGUUUUCUCUCGAGUCCAUUGAUGACAACUAUAUACAUCUGACAAAUGUAGCCAUUCAGAAAACUGCACCCGAUUACGACCCAGAGAAGGGAUGCAAGUGGUCCACACAGCAGCUACGCAGAUACCUCAUCGCAAAACAUGGACAAGAGGCGGCCGAACGGCUGUUUCAGCAAAUAAACAAUGUGUUGAUAUUCAGUCUGCAGAGCACCCAGAGGAUCAUGAUCAACGACAAACACUGCUUCGAACUCUACGGCUACGAUAUUCUCAUUGACUCAAAACUAAAACCCUGGCUGCUGGAGAUCAAUGCGUCGCCCUCGCUGACGGCGAGCAGUAAGGAAGACUACGACUUGAAGUUCGGACUUCUCAACGAUGUCGUCAACAUCCUCGACAUGGACAACAGACUGACGGGCCGGGAGAAGCGCGUUGGAGGUUUUGAUCUGCUGUGGGACGAUGGACCCAUCUUUGCGGACGAGACAAUUGCUGCCGACUGUCUCAACAGCUGUGCAGGGGGAACCAUGAACUCAUUCUUAGGUUGCCAUAACGACCGUAUUCAGAAUCUGCAAGACAUUUAUCAAGCAGCAGCAGUGAGUAAGAAAUGACCAGACAGGAAACCAUGGCAGAAUCUCGUUAACAAAUAUACAAAUAUGUCCAAAGGGAAAGGUUUAAAUUUGUAUUGUAGAAAACCAACAUACAGAAGCCUACAGUUGAAUAUGAAAAUAUGUUUUAAUUAGUACAUAUUUGAAGUUUAUAAAAUGAAUGCUCUUCGUAAUACACGCAAAGUAUUUGUAAGGUGGUAGCUGAAUUGGUUCUUUUCGAUUAGCAACAAUAUUGAUCAAAUUAUUAAAAUUUUAUAUAUGUAAAGUUUCUUUUGGAUGUCAGUGUAGUAUACCUGCCAAAAUAUUAUAUAUUAAGGAUAUGAUAUUAAACUGUUGGUAAAAUCGUAUACUGUGAUAUCAAUACAUCUUUUGCAUAAAUGUUUCACAAUAGAGAGGGUGUUUCCUAAUUUAGGCAUACAUAGAACUACUUAGAGUAGUUGGAACAGAAAAAAUAUCCAUGUAGCUGGAAAGUUGGAAGAAGUAAAACAAGUCCAUUUCCAUCUGACCUUUGUAAUUUGAAAGAAACCAUUGUGACAUUCCAAAGAUUAAUUAUUACCAUGUUAAGAUUAUUGGUGCAAGAUUAUUAUCAUCAUUGUCAUCAUCAAUAUCAUCAUCAUCAUCAUUAUUAGUAAACAUUUGUUUUAAAUAUCAAGCGCUGAAUUUACGAAGCCUGUU